ACUUGGACACACAUGUCUUGGAUGCAUGCAGAAGAGAGGUAGUGAGUGACAGGGGGUUGGGGUGGAGGGGGGGCGGGCUCGGUCGUUGGAAGGACUGGUGGAGUUGGAGCGACGGCGACAGUAGUAGCAGCAGCAGCAGUGUAGCAGCAGCAGCAGCAGCAGCAGCGACACCAUGGCGCAAGCCGCCAAGCAGCUCCGCAAGACCAAGGACCUCGCUGAGGCCGCCGCCCAGGAGCAGAGGGAGAAGGAGGAGGAGAAGAUCAAAAAGAGGAAUCGAUCCAGGGACCGCAGGCGCAAAGCCGAUGCAACCACCAGCUUUCUGCGUGCAGCACGAUCAGGCAACCUGGACAAAGCUCUGGACCACAUCAAGAAUGGAAUAAACAUCAAUAUAGCUAAUCAAAACGGCCUUAAUGGGUUACAUCUGGCUUCUAAAGAGGGUCAUGUGAAGAUGGUUCUUGAGCUCCUUCAUGAUGGCAUUGAACUGGAGGCCACCACCAAGAAAGGAAACACAGCUCUCCAUAUCGCAGCGCUGGCAGGCCAGGAGAAAGUAGUGGCUGAGCUUGUCAAUUACGGAGCCAACGUGAAUGCCCAAUCACACAAAGGGUUCAGUCCUCUCUACAUGGCAGCACAGGAGAAUCACCUCGAGGUGGUCAAGUUCCUUCUUGAGAACAGUGCAAAUCAGAGUCUCCCAACUGAGGACGGCUUCACUCCUCUAGCAGUUGCCCUCCAGCAGGGCCACGAAAAUGUUGUAGCACUGCUCAUCAACUACGGCACUAAAGGCAAGGUCCGGCUCCCUGCACUGCACAUCGCUGCUCGAAAUGACGACACGCGCACUGCAGCCGUGCUUCUGCAGAACGACCCCAAUCCUGAUGUUCUCAGCAAGACUGGUUUCACACCUCUCCAUAUCGCAGCCCACUAUGAGAAUAUGAGCGUUGCCCAGCUGCUGUUAAACAGAGGAGCCAACGUAGACUUCAUCCCAAAGAAUGGCAUUACACCCCUUCAUAUUGCCUCCAGGAGGGGCAAUGUGAUGAUGGUCAGACUCCUGCUGGACAGAGGGGCCCAGAUCGAUGCCAAAACUAAGGAUGAACUUACUCCGCUUCACUGUGCAGCCAGAAACGGACACGUUCGCAUCAUUGAGAUCCUGCUAGAACACGGUGCUCCCAUCCAAGCUAAAACCAAGAAUGGUCUGUCCCCCAUCCACAUGUCAGCACAGGGGGAUCAUAUGGACUGCGUAAGACAGCUACUCCAAUACAACGCAGAGAUUGACGAUAUCACGCUGGACCAUUUAACCCCUCUUCAUGUAGCAUCCCACUGUGGUCACCAUCGCAUGGCCAAAGUUCUUCUGGAUAAGGGAGCCAAAGCCAAUGCUCGAGCUCUGAAUGGUUUCACGCCUCUCCAUAUUGCAUGCAAGAAGAACCACAUUCGGUCAAUGGACUUGCUGCUCAAACACUCCGCUUCCUUAGAAGCUGUCACAGAGUCUGGCCUCACUCCUCUCCAUGUAGCAGCUUUCAUGGGCCAUCUGAACAUAGUGAAGAACCUUCUCCAGAGAGGGGCUUCUCCUAAUGCUUCCAAUGUUAAAGUGGAGACUCCCCUCCACAUGGCCUCCAGGGCAGGGCACUGUGAAGUUGCACAGUUCUUGCUGCAGAAUGCAGCACAAGUGGACGCCAAAGCGAAGGACGACCAGACCCCUCUUCACUGUGCGGCCCGUAUGGGACACAAGGAGCUGGUCAAGCUGCUACUUGAGCACAAGGCCAAUCCUGAUUCAUCUACAACGGCAGGCCACACACCCUUACACAUCGCUGCACGUGAAGGACACAUUCACACCAUUCGCAUCUUGUUAGAUGCCGGAGCACAACAGACCAAAAUGACCAAGAAAGGCUUCACCCCCCUCCACGUGGCCUCUAAAUACGGAAAGGUGGAUGUAGCAGAGCUCCUUCUCGAGAGAGGCACCAAUCCCAACGCAGCUGGCAAGAACGGUCUGACCCCCCUUCAUGUGGCAGUUCACCACAACAACCUGGAUGUUGUUAAACUGCUGGUCAGCAAGGGAGGAUCUGCACACAGCACUGCACGAAACGGGUAUACCCCCUUGCAUAUAGCCGCCAAGCAGAACCAGAUGGAGGUGACCAAUUGCCUGCUGCAGAAUGGGGCAUCGCCCAAUGCCGAGUCCCUCCAAGGGAUCACGCCUCUACAUCUGGCUUCGCAAGAAGGACGGCCCGACAUUGUGGCUCUGCUCAUCUCCAAGCAAGCUAAUGUAAAUUUAGGAAACAAGAAUGGUUUGACACCUCUACAUCUUGUAGCACAGGAGGGUCAUGUGGGCAUUGCCGACACACUGGUCAAACAGGGUGCAUCUGUUUACGCUGCUUCACGGAUGGGCUACACUCCCCUUCACGUUGCCUGUCACUAUGGUAACAUCAAGGUGGUCAAGUUUCUUCUGCAGCAGCAGGCUCACGUGAACAGCAAAACACGGAUGGGCUACACCCCUUUGCACCAGGCAGCUCAGCAGGGUCACACUGAUAUUGUCACCCUGCUGUUGAAACACGGAGCACAGCCCAAUGACAUAACAUCGAAUGGGACGUCUCCACUGGGCAUUGCAAAGCGUCUGGGAUAUAUCUCUGUUAUCGAUGUGCUCAAACUGGUGACUGAGGAAUCUGUUUCUACGAUCACGACAGAAAAGCAUCGAAUGAGUUUUCCUGAGACAGUGGAUGAAAUCUUGGACGUCUCGGAGGAUGAAGGGGUUGCCCAGCUAACGUUAGGAGAUGAGUUGCUUGGUAUGGACGGAGCGCGCUAUUUGAAGCUUGACGACUUCAAGGAUCAAGACGAUGACUUUCUCUCCCCGAAGAAGACUCUUAGAGACUUUGAGGGAGGUGUGGGAACCACGCCGUAUUCUCCCGCCAUUCCUAGGAUCCCUUGUGUUUCGCCAGAGACUGUUCUUCUUGAUCAGCAGACCCCCAUCCCACUGCCAAAGGAGUAUGACGAAGAUUCUCUUAUCCCGAGCAGUCCAGCGACAGAAACCUCAGACAACGUCAGCCCUGUGGCCAGCCCCAUUCACACCGGCUUCCUGGUGAGCUUCAUGGUGGACGCUCGUGGAGGCUCCAUGCGAGGCAGCAGACAUCACGGCCUUCGAGUGAUCAUCCCUCCUCGGACAUGCGCUGCACCAACACGCAUUACCUGUCGUCUGGUCAAACCUCAGAAACUGACCACGCCCCCUCCUCUGGUGGAAGGGGAGGGCCUUGCCAGCCGCAUCAUCUCUUUAGGUCCAUCCAGCAUGCAGUUUCUUGGGCCAGUUAUAGUGGAGAUCCCUCAUUUCGCCUCACUUGCUCGGGGGGACCGAGAGCUUGUGGUCCUCCGUAGUGAGAACGGCUCAGUUUGGAAAGAACACCGGAAUCGCUAUGGCGACGAAGUGCUGGAAACUAUUUUGAAUGGCAUGGAUGAAGAGCUAGAAAGUCAAGAGGAGUUGGAAAAGAAGAGAAUCCGUCGGAUCAUCUCCACCGACUUCCCCUUGUACUUUGCUGUGGUUUCACGAAUUCAGCAAGAGAGCGAUCUGAUUGGUCCAGAGGGCGGGAGGCUGACCGGUAAACUUGUACCCCACGUUGAGGCCAUCUUCCCAGAGACAGCUGUAACCAAAAGAGUGAGACUGGGCCUACAGGCCCAGCCUAUCCCUGAUGAGCUGCUGACUCGACAACUUGGCAACCAGGCGACCUUCAGCCCGGUAGUCACCAUCGAACCACGUCGACGCAAAUUCCAUCGUCCAAUCGGGCUCCGCAUCCCGCUUCCACCGUCCUGGCGAGAGAGCCCUCGCGAUGCUGGGGAAGGCGACACCACAAGCCUGCGUCUCCUCUGCAGUGUCAUUGGUGGGACAGCACCUGCUCAGUGGGAGGACAUUACUGGAACCACCAAGCUGAUGUAUGCAAACAGCUGCGCCAACUUCACCACCAAUGUCUCUGCAAGAUUUUGGCUAGCAGAUUGUCCCCGUACUGCAGAGGCUGUGACCUUUGCCAAUCUGCUAUACCGUGAGCUCAUGGCAGUACCUUAUAUGGCUAAGUUUGUCAUAUUUGCAAAGAUGAAUGAAACACGGGAAGGACGGUUACGUUGUUACUGCAUGACGGAUGACAAGAUGGACAAGACGUUGGAGUUGCAUGAAAACUUCACCGAAGUCGCACGUAGUCGAGACAUUGAGCUGAUGGAGGGCAUGCCGCUGCACCUGGAGUGUUCUGGGAACCUGGUACCAAUCAGGAAGGCCACGCAGCAGCCUCGCAGCUUCAGCUUCCAAGCCUUCAGAGAUAACAGGCUGCCUGUUUCUGUCAAGGUCAGAGAUAGUAACAAAGAUGCCACAGGCUUUUUAUCCUUUCUGAGAAAGUGCACAAAAUAUGAGGAUGCACAGCACGUGCUCUGUAACCUCAACAUAGCCAUGCCACCCUGUGUCAAGGUCGUUGGAAGUGAAGAACGGAGGCGAACUUUAACCCCUCUCGCCCUGAGGGAGCGCUACAGUGCUCUGAAUGAGCCUGGUUUGGCUACAGUGAACGCCAUGGAGAGGGCUGAGAGCAAAAUAAACAUCAUAUCGGAGCAACUGGGUUUAAGCUGGGCAGAGUUGGCAAGAGAGCUCCAGUUUGGUGUGGAUGACAUCAAUAGGAUCCGUGUGGAGAAUCCCAACUCACUGCUGGACCAGAGCUCCUCUUUACUCAAUCUAUGGGCCAGCAGAGAGGGCAAGAGAGCAAAGAUGGAGAGCCUGUACACUGCUUUGAAGAAUAUUGACCGUGCAGACAUUGUGAGCUCUCUGGAGGGUCAGGCCCCACUACUGGCACCAGGUUCUUCAGAGGAGGGAGCCUGCCGACUGGGUGAUCGUGAUUCUACCUUUCUUUCUCCCAGUGUCAUCAAUGGUUAUGGACUAGUUCAGGAGGAUCUUCUGUCUCCAGCCUCCAUGCAGUACAAUUUACCCUCUCCUCUGGGGGCAGAGCCUUACUGGCAGGAAGUCUCCAGUCUGGAAUGUGCCCCCAUAGCGGCCACAGAGGAAGACACCUUGAUGGAAAUGUCCGACGUCCAGGUUUGGCCAGCGGGGGUCAGCCCGUCGCUAGUCACCGUGGAAGACUCCUCUUUGGACGGCAGUAGUCGAGCGGAUGACUCGGAGGGCGCCACGCUCUCUCUUCCCUACAGCUUGGGCCGCCCCAGCAGUGGAGCCAGCGGGGCGAGCGGCUCCAUCAUGGAGCUGGAGGAAGAGGAGGAUGAGGAAGUUGAGGAGGAGGAGGUGCCACUGGAGCCAGUGAGCGCGCUGGCGGAAACGGACCAGGUCAGAGCCAGUGGCGCCGUUCCCAAGGUCAACUUGAACGGCCAGCUGGGAGGUCAGAGGUCGGAUGGGAGGAGAGGGGAGGCUCUUGGGACAGGAGGAGGAGCAAAAAGAGGCGGGACAGGGCUUCUUGGUUCAGUGGAAGGGAUUUCUCUUGUUUCAGGCCAACAGGCGUACGGCCAGUGUGAGAUGUCCACUUUGAGCCGAGCUGGCGAACACAAUGGCGACAACCGGUUGGUCGGCGGCGGUGCGUUUCAACCCUACCUACCUGAAAACGACACCCUGCAGGGCUGGGUGGGAUCAGUAUCGUCGGAACGGGACAUCAGCGCAUCAGGCCUCCGCGCUGCCCAAGAGGCUCUGCUGACUCCGAGGGAGGAGAAAGAAGAUUUUGCUGCUGAUGAACACAGAAGCAGGCUGACUCGAAAAAUGGGUGCGGAUGUGAGAAGGACUACUCAGUCGGUGAAGCGCACCAGCCUUCGGAAGGCUAAACACUGAAACACAACACACACAACUUGGUCCACAAGGACAAGAGAGACACUGCCAAAAGUUCCUCAACAAAAUCACAACCGGCGCGCAAAGGAAAGUGAGCAACAAUAGAGAACGGCAAGGACUACCAAACUACAAAAUGACACUCAUAAAAUGAACCUCAACAUGUGACACACACACACACAGAUAAAAAGGGUGUGAGAGUUUAACCUGUAGUUUUAUAACAUUUGUAAAGUAUCACAUUAACUAAGGCAUGAGGAUUUUUCUAGAAAACCAUCUUAAAAAGAACAAAUGUCACUGAAAACAAGACAACAAAAAGUGCUUCCUGUGAACUGUAACUGCAUGACGACUGCUGGUGCAUGACCUUUGACCUUUUGUCAUUAUCUACAAACAGAAGGGAGUACAAGGUGGAACAUAAUACUGCAGCUUAAAAAAGUGCUUUCAGGUUGAAGCCUGCCAUUGCUUCUUUUCAGUGGACCCUUUUUGUUCUCCGUGUGUGGUACUGUAUAUGCGCUCUCUGCUGUGUGAACGCGUGUGCAUGCUUUCCCCUCCAAAGCUCUGUGAUGUCACGGCGUGCUGAGCAGCUCUGGAAUGAAAAACGAAUGUCCUCUUGUGCUGAAUUUGCCUUCCUUGUUGUCCGAUCGAAAGCGUUUUAGUUUUUUUUUUUUUGGAAGAACUGGAAUCUUUUUCUUGCUUGAUUGCGAUGUGCAGCGAAGUUUACAUUUGUCCACUCUUCUCUAUCUUCUUUCUCCCGGUAGCCAAAAUCAUUCCAACCCGAACCAGUAGCCUCACUUGAUAUGCAGAACAAUCCAGGGCCUCAUCCGCAGUGCUUUCCCUUCCACUCAAUGUCUAAAAGUCAGUGUGCCGCAUGUGUGAGGCAAAGUAUGCCGCGAUUGCGAUGGUUCCUAGAAUGCCAUUGUGCUGCUUUGACACAUGAUUGUGCGAGGGAAACGUGCAGCAAAAGGCAGCACUGUGAUUGUCUCGCUCUCACCGACCCCAGACUUGUGAUCUGUCAACAUAAAACAGAAGCACACACACAUCACACAAUCAUAUCAUGAAGGACUGCAUGGGCAGGGUCGCGCGGAAAGUGGGAAUUUGCCACAGCAAUAAAAUGCACCGCGGGAAAGUAGACUUGUACCUUGUUUUUUUAAAUCGCCUGGACAACACUGGAACAUGUGUACUGCAUGGGCUUUGACCCCACGCUGACACAAGAUCACACCAGACAGCAUUCGGUGUAGCAAAUGAUCAACCAGUUUUAUGUUACAAUAGCAGACACCAUGAAUAUUUACCAUUUGUUGUCUUUGUGUCGGUAUAUGUUCAAAUACCUCGUGGAUCAAGACAUGCUGUUUUUUGCUUACGUUUUAUGCAGAAACCUGAUGGAUUAUGCCGGGUGGGGUCAUAUUAUGGUAGCAUACGUCCACAAACACACCAUCCAUGAGUACUGUCAAUGAUACUGUAGCCUGCAUUUGUGAGAUUGACAGAAUGAAUGAACAAAUUAUUUUUGCACAUGACACAUUUUCUGCAUGCGUGAUAGCCUCAUUAGAUAUGUUUCACUUUUUCCACUCAGGUUUUAGUUUGGUCUACUUGUUGUUUUUGUGCAGAGCCCUACUCUUCGAGACGCAAGAAUGACAAUGUUGGUGGACUGUUUUGUCCUGUUACAUUUUUUCUUUUUACAUACUGUAGGUCAAGUAUAAUGCUUUGUUUAUGUGUGAGAGAUGAUUGGUUCUCAAACUUGUCGGAUCAUGUAAAAAAUAAAAAUAAAGUUUUUGCAGGCAUGCCACUCGAAAGUUGAACCUACGAUGUACUUUAAAAAGUAUUGUAAAAAAAUACUGUCGAGAAGAAUAGAGCUCACUUAUACUCCUUUAGAAUGGAUACAUGACAAUGUAAACGCAAUAUCAUAUUACUCUAUCCUAAGGAAUGCAACUGCACCCAUGCACAAAAAAAGUUUUUAUGAAAAUAUGUGUAUAAAAAUGAUAUAUGACAAAAUACACAGUAUUUCAUUAGAAUGCUAUGCACCCUCUUAGAGUUGUUAUGGAUGUUCUUUAAGCAGUCUAGUUAGCCGACGCCCACACAGUGGGAAAUGUAGAGGCUUUGUAGCUUUGACCACUUGUUUUCUUUUCUUUUAUAUUGCCCCCCUGGCCCCAAAUAUGAUUUAAUGAAGAAAAAAAACAAGAAAAGUGUAUACAAGCCUUUUAAUUCAGAACCAUUCUGACCUAAAGAUAUGUAUAGCUCAUGUUACCCUGUACACCAGCUCAAACCAUUUAAUAAACAAAGA